AUGAAAAACCUUCGCUACAUAGUAAUUCUCAUCCUCAGUAUCUCCACCCUCCACGGUUCACACUCGCUGCCCGUACAUUCGGAAAUUGCUCUGAAUUCACCUCCACAAUCCAUGUCAACCAGCCGGCCUUCACCAAUGUACCCGUCACCUUACAACUCUCCGACCAUUUACCAAUCAUCAACGGACAUGUUCGUAUCACUCCUCAAGGAUGGAACGCUCAAGCCUUUCCAUAAUCCAACUAUUCUCAGUGGUGGAAAUGACAAAAAAGUUUUUGAUAGAAAACUGGAAGGCAUUAGCUUCGGUCCAGAAAUUGAAGGAGGGUCCAACAAUUAUGGUUUAUGGGAAAUCAGUGACUAUCAAGAGAAACCCAAGCACAAUCUCCUUGCAAAAUUCUUCAAAGAGUCAGGUCCACAACCAUUUGGUGAAGUCAAGGCCCUCCGGAUGAUGGGUCUUCUAGUUGCUUCUGGUAUGAUCAGAGAUCCCCAUCCUGAUGGAAGAUCACUUCCCCUUCCCGCAUAUGUAUACUCGCCAGAGCAAGGAUACUAG